UAAUAAUGCAUUUGUCUGCUCGAUGCAUUAUAGACACAGGAAACUUGAUAAAGGUCGCAUCCCUUGUGCAUUCGUUGAAGUUCAGAUACUUUUAUAAUCUAAUCAUAAUAUUAAAGAAUGUGGCCGGCGUGAAAUUUCACUCUUGAUUGUGCGUAACAGACAGUUUGCAUUAUAUCGGUGCUUCACACGCAUUGAAUAUACACGUCACGUCGCCGCCAUAUAUUUAUCAUGGUAUAUACUUGAAUGUGAGUGCCGGUUAUCGGUAGAGUGUUGACAAAGGUGCGAUCUAGAUUAAUCAAGACUGUGUAGUCAGCUGGUUAACAAACAUUAUUCGGAAGAGUUAAAUUUGAUCUUUCUUUUCCACAGAAGGUGCUGUGGCCAGUAUUGCUUCCGUAGGAGUUCUGUAUUUGAAAAAAAAACUAUCGGACUCGACUCCAGGGAAGCACUGAAUGAGAUGACGUUAAAAGAUGGCGCCAAAAAGGACGUUGAAACGAAAUCAAUUACAAUGAUGACUUCGGUAGAACGAUUAUUAAUUUUGCCGCAAACGAAGCAGCAAGACGAGGAAUUGCCCGAUAAAACGCAUCAUGCCCCGAGCGGACCAAGUUCCUGUCGCAGAUGCUCUCAGUGUUCAAAGAUGCACUUGCGGCUAUGUGGCAGGCAACCGUCUGUGGCAAGGAACAGCAAUUUGUCACUGAUUGCUGGACACAAGGACAAUUUCAGAGACGCGUUUGUGCUUUUCAAAGGCGAAAAUAGGCUUACUUUAAAUCCAAGCUCCUUCGUUCCUACUGGAUUAUCGCUAUCAGUUGUCCGUGUAUUUGGAUGGAUCCUUAUGUUGCUGUGCUGUCUGAAGACGACAUACGCCCAGGAUAACAUAGUCGAUUUGCGUUAUCUUACUCCAGAGUUCACUCCGACUGCCGGGCUAUUUCCGUCGGUGGUUAACUUGGCGAGCCACGCCGACAUUACGAGCAAUGCAACGUGCGGAGAGACUGGACCAGUUAAAUAUUGUAAGCUGGUUGAACACGUGGAUAGAAGAACGAAUCGAGGUCAACAGUGCAGGAUGUGCGAUGCUUUCAGCAGAAACCCUACUGAAAGGCAUUCGGUUCAGCAUGCAAUCGAUGGCAGAGGAGAUCGAUGGUGGCAAAGCCCUACUAUCGACCAAGGAUACCAAUAUCACAGAGUCACUCUCACUUUAGAUUUAAGACAAGUUUUCCAAGUUGCAUACGUAAUAGUGAAAGCUGCGAACUCGCCUCGACCCGGCAAUUGGAUUCUGGAAAAGUCGAUCGACGGCGUAUCGUGGGAACCUUGGCAAUAUUUUGCUACCUCAGAUAGAGAAUGUUUAUCGCAGUACGGGACAGUCGCAUCUCGACUUGGAUCGCCAAACUACAAAUCAGACAGUGAAGUUAUGUGCACUACAUACUUCUCAAAGUUAAACCCGUUCGAAAACGGAGAGAUUCACGUUUCUUUGAUUAACGGAAGGCCAAGUGCCGAAAAUCCAUCAGCCGAGCUCGUCGAAUUUACAUCGGCACGAUAUAUUCGACUUCGACUUCAGAAGAUCCGAACUCUGCAUGGGGAUCUGAUGACGUUGAGUUUUAACCGGGCGGAAAACGAUCCGUCGGUGACGAGACGGUAUUACUAUUCAAUCAAAGACAUCAGUGUUGGUGGAAUGUGUAUUUGCUACGGACAUGCGAGCACUUGUCCAACCAAUCCACGGACAGGGUUAUUCAGGUGUGCGUGUGAGCACAACACUGCUGGGUCGAACUGCGAGAGGUGCGCACCAGGCUUCCAGCAGCAUAAAUGGAGGCCUGGAAAUGAUGGAUUUCAGUGCGAAGCGUGCAAUUGCCACGGGCACGCUGAGGAAUGCUAUUAUGAUCCUGACGUUGAUGGCAGAGGAGAGAGUUUGGAUAUUAAUGGAGAUUAUCUUGGUGGAGGAGUCUGUGUUGGAUGCAGGGACGGAACGGACGGAGUAAACUGCCAGUCAUGUGUGGACGGCAUGUAUCGUCCGCUGGACGUUGAACCGAAUGCGAGAAAUCCAUGUCUACCUUGUAGUUGCGAUCCAUUCGGUGGUUUAAGAACGUCUGAUGGAACAGGGCCGUUCACUUGCGUAAAAGACAUUGAUCAUAUGGACGCCGAAAGGGAUUUAUUUCCAGGAUCUUGUUAUUGCAAGGAGGGGUACGCCGGACACAUAUGCGAUAGGUGUGCGUUUGGAUACACGGGUUACCCGAUAUGCCAGCCAUGCCAGUGUAAUAUAACAGGAAGUCGUAACAUUGAUCCUUGCGUUGGUGACUGCGUGUGUAAGGAACAUGUAACCGGAGAUAGAUGCGAUCAAUGUAAAUUGGGAUUCUAUAAUCUGCAAAGAGAAAACCCCAUGGGUUGUGACACGUGUUACUGUAAUGGUGCAACGAAAAACUGUGAAUCUUCAAACCUUAAAUGGUCCACCAUACAAACGAACGAAGGAUGGGAGGUAAGAGAUCGGAGAGGAAGAAGACGAGCAAAACCACAAUUCGAUCUUGACCUUCAAGAACCGUACGUGGAGCAUGGACAAACUGCAAGGGAGUUAGGAUCAACGAUGUAUUAUUGGUCGGCUCCAAAAGAGUAUUUGGGCAAUAAACUGAUGUCGUAUGGAGGAACACUUCGUUACACAGUGUCUUAUGAUAUUUUACGAGGUGCCCAACCACUUCCUAUUCAAGAAGCAGACGUUAUACUUGAUGGCAACGAUAGAACAUUAAUUUACAAUCACCAAGGAAAGCUGGUUGAACCUGAAACUGAAACUGAGGUUGUUUUGAAGUUGGCAUCUAGUGUGUAUGGCGAUCAAACCGGCUGGGUGAAUGCAGAAACUUUGCAACCGAUCAGCAAAGCUGAUAUGAUGUCUGUGCUAAGUGAUAUUCAACGGAUAUUAAUCAGAGCUGUGUACAGCAGAAACAGCGGUGCAGUGUACAGAAUAUAUGGUGUUUCAAUGGAAAUUGCUUCCACGGAUGGCGAUCUUUCACCAGCUAACUCGGUGGAAAUAUGUCACUGUCCACCUGGCUAUUCUGGCUAUUCCUGCCAAGAUUGUGAAAGAGGAUAUUGGAGAAAUGGCAAACAGUGUACACUAUGUGACUGUAAUGGACAUUCCACGUUUUGUAAUCAACUCAAUGGAGCCUGCGAGAACUGCCAACACAGCACUAUAGGAAUGCAUUGUGAACGUUGCAAGCCUGGAUUUUAUGGAAAUGCAAUAAAUGGGACUUCACACGACUGUCAAAGAUGUCUUUGUCCAUUGGCAAUAUCAAGCAACAACUUUAGUCCAACGUGUAGACUUGACCGAGUGCCUGGAGAAAUGGUUUGCAUGGAAUGUCCUCCGGGAUAUUCUGGAAAAAGAUGUGAAAUGUGCAGUGAAGGAUAUUUUGGAAACCCAUCCACUCUUGGAGGAACAUGCCAACUUUGUAACUGCAAUGGCAACUCUAGGUCGUGUGAUACAGUGACUGGUGUUUGCAAACAUUGUCAAGGCCAUACUGCUGGUGAACACUGUGAAAGAUGUGAAGCAGCAUACUAUGGUGAUGCAAUCGUUCGAAAAAACUGUGGACCUUGUGAGUGUAGUCCUGUUGGUUCAGUGAGUAGACAAUGUGAUGCUGUCACUGGGCAAUGUCCAUGCAGGCGAGAUGUUUAUGGAAGAAAAUGCGAUGCAUGUGCUAGCAAUAACUACCUGAGCAAAGAACAGAGGAUGUGUAUUUCAUGCAACUGCAAUCCAACUGGCAGUAUAAUGAUGCAAUGUCGAGCAGAUGGUUCAUGUGUGUGCAGGACAGGAGUUGUAGGGAAGUUGUGUGAUUCAUGCUCUGCUGGUUAUCACAGCUUUGGAGACAAUGGUUGCCGAGAAUGCAACUGUCCACACACAAAUGGUAAUUGUGAUCCAGUUUCUGGAGAGUGUAGGUGUCCACCAAACACAGAAGGGGAAGGGUGUAUGCACUGUGUAACAGGAUCUUAUCAAUGGUCUGUCAAUAAUGGUUGUAAACUUUGCAACUGUAGUGAGGUGGGUUCAACAGCUCUUACAUGCGAUAAUAUAACUGGACAGUGCCCAUGCAAAUAUGAGAACAGUGGUCAAACUUGUAAUGAGUGCAGGAGGGGAUAUUAUGGAUAUCCAAGUUGCAAACCAUGUAACUGUGUUGUGAGUGGUACACAAACUGACACGUGUUCCAAUGAUGGGACUUGUCAAUGUACUGAUAAUGGACAAUGUCAUUGCAAGAUAAAUGUUGAGGGGAAACACUGUGAUCGUUGCGUUGAAGGUGCAUUUGGUUUGUCAAGUGAAAAUAAAGUUGGUUGUACAACUUGUUUCUGUUCAGGAGUCACAAACCAAUGCAUGCAAGCCUCCUAUUUCUGGGGCAAUCCGAUUGCUUUGAGCUUAGCUCCUGUUGAAGUUACGAAUCGAAUUACUACAGGACCGCACUUUAAUGGAGUGACUAUCCCUGAUGAUGUUGAUUUGCUUGAUUCUAACGUAAUCAUGCGGAAAAUGAAUUCUGAACCAUAUUACUGGCGCCUACCACCUCAAUUUAAUGGAGACAAGAGACUUUCGUAUGGAGGCAAGUUACAAUAUACCAUCUACUAUGUAUCCAUGUUGUCUGUACCUCCCGGGAGGAGACCAAAAGCAAGUGUGAUUAUUCAAGGAGGGGUUGGUGAAGUUAAGAGCAUAAAAUACACCAUGGAAGAUCCACAGAUUGGUCAAACACGUUCAUAUGUAGUGCCAAUGCAAGAAUUUGGGUGGAGAGGUCUUGAUACAAACGCAAGUGUUUCAAGAGAGGAUUUUGCAAUGAUUUUACAAAAUGUUGAGUCAAUUCUCAUCAAAGCAUCAUAUGGUGUUCUCAUGGACCAAUCACGGUUAAGUGAAGUAUAUCUUGAUGUUGCUGUACCUGGUGUUAGUGGAAGAGGAGACUCUGCAACUGAUUUACCUCAAGCUUAUGGAAUUGAAGAGUGUGUCUGUCCACCUGGCUAUUCUGGUCUAUCCUGCCAGAACUGUAUGGCUGGGUACAUGAGAGUGCAGCAAGGACCUAACUUUGGAAUGUGCGAGCCGUGCAAUUGUUUUAACAGAAGCAACUCUUGUGAUAUUUUCACUGGAAGAUGUUUGAACUGUAUUGACAAAUUUGUUGGGCACAACUGUGAGAUGUGCAUCCCAGGUUACUAUUUAUCCGAAAACUCUUGUCAUAAAUGUGAAUGCCCCGGAGAUAAUGCCCUCAACAACUUCAGCCCCACCUGUCAUGCAGAUGGAACAGAUGGCAUCACUACUUACACAUGCGAUGCUUGCCAAAUUGGAUACGAAGGAAAGCAUUGUGAAAGAUGUGCUGAUGGCUAUUUUGGUGACCCAACCUCACCUGGAGGUUUCUGUGCCAAGUGUGGCUGCAGUGUUGCCGGAUCUUUGGAUGGUGUGUGUGACAAAUUGACUGGUCAAUGCAACUGUGAUGAAGGGAUACAAGGUCGAAUAUGUGAUCGCUGCAGUGACAAACAUGUGAUCACUCCAGAAGGAUGCCAAGAGUGUAAUGAUGAGUGUGCUGGCAAGCUGUUGUUGGAAAUUGAGGAGUUGGCAAACCGUACACUAAAAGUUGAUAUUCGCGAUAUGUUUCCACCACCAUGGAACCGUUUAAUUGUUGCACGAAAUGUAACGGCUCAACUGCAGGAAAAACUUGAAAACUCUUCCAACUAUGUAAUGGAUGCAUUGGCAGAUAUGGUGAAAGUUCCUGGAAAUAUCAGCGAAACUGAAAUGAAAGUUUUUCCAGCAGUAGCAAGGGCUAAAUCUUGUGUGGUGGAUUCCAAUAACGCUUCUGCUAAAAUUAAUGCAACCAGAGAAGAAGUGAAACUGCAGAAAACGGGAAUGAGAAAUUUGUAUAACACUGUAGAUGGUUUCACUCGCAUGGCAGCACGCUUGCUGCAAGGUUUACAGAAUGGUACAGCACAAGAUGUCACUGAGAUUUACGGCAGAGUUGACAUGAAAAUGCGGGAAAUGAAAUCGAGAAAUAUAAGUCGACAUCAACAGCUGGCUGAUACUGAACUUGAGUUUGCCAAUGAUAUGCUGAAGCUUAUUCACGCCAACUUCACCGCACGGGCAAACCAAAGUGAGCCACAUGCACGCAGCAUGAACAAUGAGAUAGUUGAACAAGUGGAUCAAAUUCUACUGAAACUGAGAGAUUUACAAGAUAAACUGAACGAUGCAGCAGCAGAUACCAGAGUGGCUGUCACUAAGAAUGUCCUAAAUGGCCAAACUCUUAGGCAAACUUUGGGACAUCUUGAAAGGGAGAGAAAUAAUGCAAUCAUGGCCAACGUUACUUUAGACGAAGCACAGAAGGUAGUGGAUGAUACAAUCAAGUUGUAUCAAUCUGGCUUGGAAAACAUGGCGGAGCUGAAGGCGUUUCCGGAGACCACACAAGCUGACAGAGAGGAGUUAGAUAGGUUAGGAGCAAGCCUUCACGAAGCUGAUCUACGACAAAUAAUGGCAAAAUACGUCGAAAUUCCAGCAGCACACAGUCGUCAGCUGAAGAAUGAUGCUAAGAGCAUGUUAGAGGUAUACAACAAUGUAAGUGCGUUCUCCUACAACCAGACGGAAGCAGCGAGGCGUUGGUCAAAUAUUGUAAGAUCUCUUGAAAAGGCGAACAAAACAUCCAGCCUUGCUAUAAAGAGAGCCAUGUCCGCAUUAGCUACCGCAACAAGGAACCUUGGAAUUCGAGCAAACCAAUCAUUUUUACGCAGCACUGAUAUAUUGAACGAAGUGGCCGAGCUAAGGAACACGGUGAAUGGCGAACGUGAUUUACUGCGAAGUUUGGACGACCAUUUGCGUUCAUCCAACCACAGUUCAAUGAAUCUUACGGAUCAACAUAACCGGUUGCUUGCUCGUGUCAAUAUGAUUAACGCAGCACCACCCGUCAGUCCUGAUAGAGUUUUCGAGGUGACAAGUGCGUCGAAUCGAAUCGUGGAUUUACUUAAUACCAGGCUUGAAAAAGCUCAAGAGAAUGUGAGAUUGUUGGGAGAAGCCGAACAUGAUGUUUCUCAACGAUCAAGAAUUACAAUGGAAAUUGCUGACAAUCCACACACUUUUGAUGGUUUGACCGAGGGCAUGAGGGCGGCUUCGAUAGCGGAAGAACGAACAAGAAACAAACUGGAACAAGUACAACUAACUUCGGACAGUGUGAGGGCAAAUAUAAGUAACAUUCGCCAACUCAUAGAAGAGGCCAGAAGAAAAGCUGCUGCAAUUCGUGUUUCUGUGAAGUCGGAAGGAAAAUGCGCAAUGGAAUACAAGCCGAUUAUUACGCCAGGAAAAACAACAGAAAUUGUUCUAACCGUGCAAAAUAAUCAACCAAAUAAUGGACUCCUUUACCUGGCAAGGCAAAGGCAAGAUUAUAUUGCGGUUGAGUUGCGAGAUUACCUUCCUACUGUAACAUGGGACUUGGGUGGCGGACCUGGCUUUGUUCAGAAUUCACUUAAAGUUAAAACCGAUCCUGAGGUCGCAACUUCGUCGCCUGACUGGUACAAGAUAAUAAUAAACAGACGAAAUCAGCAGUUAAACGUCACCGCAUACAGAGAAUCCAACAAAACAGCAACAAUUAGAAGCGUGGGUGGAUUCUCACCAGGAUCUUAUUCAAUGUUGGAUAUAGAUGGCGACGACAUGUUGUUUGUUGGAGGCAUAAGCAAUGACACUGAGGUCCAUAAUAGUGUGCUGUACCGCAAGUUUGAGGGAUGCAUGGGUGAAGCGUUUCUGCAAGGCAAGAGCGUUGGGUUAUGGAAUUUUAAACGGAAUGUCAACCCAGAAGGCUGCACCGGGUGUAUUGAAAGCGAGAUUGAUGCAGGAAGAGAACAAACAAACUUGUAUAGUUAUUCCGGGAAAAGCUACUCGGUGCUUGCGGCCAAUGCUCAUGAUCCUACCCAAACUCAAAUCAGCAUUCGACUGCGGACGUUCAGUUCAGAAGGGCUUGUUGUGUACACUGGUUCGGCCACAAACCCGGAUUUUUAUUCUAUCGAGCUUAAAGAUGGUAGAAUCGUAUUGAAAAUAGAUCUGGGUAACGGGGUGCACAAUGCGACAACAGAGAACCAAUACAACACUGGAGAGUGGGUGCAAGUUACGUUCCGACGUUUUAACGGAAAUUCCCUUCUUUUAAUAAGAGCCAUCAACCAAAGUCAGGAGAAUGUUUGGCUCCGAAUACCAGGGUCGGAUGAAGAAUUAAACUUUACGAGUGAUGACGUCAUGUGCGUUGGGGGGUUUCCGACCGACAGAACGAUCAAGGACUAUUUCGGGUUCCAAGUGAGAGCGGGCGUUACCAAAGUUUCGUUUGUCGGUUGUUUGAAGGAGUUUACUCAAAAUAACCUUCUGAGGUCGCUAAAGAGCACAGUUGUGGAAGCCGUGGAAAGGGAUUCCGGGGUUUUAACGACUUGCCCAAAUACGGUUACACGAGACAUUGGUAUAUCAGAUGGCGGAUAUGUGGAACUGGAACCAAUUAACUUGAAACCGACUGAUUCAAUCUCUAUUAGUUUCAAUACAAGGAACGAUGCGGUGUUGUUACUUGGAACAACCGAAAAUCGUAAAAUGAGGAGACGGCGGCAAACAGAUGAGGCGUUUUAUUCACUGUAUGUGCUGGAUGGUUUCGUACAUUGUACAGUAAAGCAACCUGGAAGUCCCCAUAUUAGCGUCGUUUCGAAAUUCAACGUUUACGACGACGGCGCUGAACACACGGCAACUUUACAUAGGAAUGGAGCAAACAUUACUUUACAAAUGAACGAGCAAGGUGACUUUGUCAGCGAAUUUCUUCCACGUGACACCAAUCAACCAAUCGUAGUGCGACGAUUUUUCGUCGGCGGGGUCCCUGACGUUUUCAACUCAACGCAGGCGCUUGGCACGGGUGCAUCACUGAACGGUUGCGUGCGAGCUGUCAUAUCUGAUCUGUUGGUCAAUUUCAUGAGAGCUUUAAAAGCCAAGAAUUCAUAUUUUGGAACCUGCGCGUUCGUGAAGUUUGAACCUCAGCCCUUCCUUACCGUCACUUCUCCCACAACUAUUACCACAGCAGAUUCUAUGAAUCCACCUAAAAGAUCGACAACUCCGAAAACUGAGCCCAAUGAGCUAUCCCACCAACCGCCAAUGGUAGCAGCCCAACCUAAUAUGACCGACAGCCCGUUUUGUAGAUCUGUGUCUGGACGAAUGCCAGUUAUUCGAGAUUCGUCCGCUCACUUCGGUUUAAGUCGAAACAGUCAUGUUACUUUCCACCUUAACAAGACUAUCUCCAGAAAGUUCACUUUUGAUUUGAAAGUUCGCACGCUUGCACGCAACGGCAUCUUGCUCUACGCUGGCCACAAAACGCAGGUGGAUUUCUUUGCGUUGAAAGUAAAAGAAGGUUUUCCAGUCUUUCAGUUUGAUAAUGGUCGCGGCAGAGGUGAAGCAGACAGCACAGUUCGAAUAAAUGAUGGAAAAUGGCACAGGAUUCGACUGAAAAGAUCCCGAAGAAAGGGUUUCAUCGCUGUGGACGGGGUUAAAACUAAAACCACAUCCCCGAAAGGAGCAAACAGUAUGGGUGUUGAAAAUACACUUUACGUGGGUGGUUUGCCUGAAAGUUUCAACUCCAAUAAAAUUGGCCAGUUGUCAAGCAUGGACGCUUGUAUCAAGGAUCUGACGUUAAACAGAAGACGGAAGCUGAACCUUGCGAAACCCACGUCCGCAUUCAAAGUCGACAAGUGCUAUAAGAAAAUAGAAGGCGGAGCUUUUUUUAACGGGAAAGGAUACGCUGUUUAUAGCAAGAAAUACAGAGUCGGUCCCAGCAUGUUAAUUGAACUGGAGUUCCGAACUUGGGCUCCUAAUGGCAUCUUACUCGCUAUCGACAACAUACGAUCAGAUGGUCUAGCAAUCGAACUUGUAAACGGAUCGAUUUAUUUUCGCGCUGACAACGGAGCCGGCCCGUUUCAAGCUGUAUACAGCGAUGAAUCUACAAUCCGUAGAUCCGGUCGAAGAACUAAGUUUAAUUUAUGCGACGGUCGAUGGCAUUCAUUGGUCGCGAACAAAGACAUGAACACAUUAGACCUUUCAGUUGAUGGUAAUGUUGUAACAACAGUUACCAGCACAGCUACUACUAACUCCGCUGAUACAAAAGAUCCGUUAUAUAUCGGUGGAUUACCAGAUAGUGGCGUAAGACAAAAUCAGCUUCGUACGAAAGAGAACUUCCAGGGUUGCAUUCGAAGUAUGAAAUUGAAAACCACACAAGUUGUUCAUUUCGAUGAAGUCCCGGAGACUGUCGGGGUUUAUCCCAACUCAUGCCCUAAACGAAAAUAAACGAAGAACAAUGACAAACCAAAGGGGCUUUGUAACGUGCGGUGGGUGAGUAAUACAACACGCACUUGAGUUGACACUUCACUUUUCUGACGAACAAAUGUUACAAAUAGGCAAUGAUAUUGCCCCACAAGCGAAGCGGUACAGGUUCUGCCUUAUAUGGUACGAACAAGAUAGUAACCACAGUCGAUACACUUUUGUUUUAUACUGCUAACUACUGCAUGAAAUGCGCGGUGCCGUAAACACGUUUGAUGACCUAUUAUGUUAUUGCGACAACGGUCCAGGAAUCACAUGUUUUAGUGUUUCCGGGUGCUUACAAAACUUGAGGUGUAAUAUAAGAUCGUGUUCUUGUAAUUUUGUAACAAAUCAAUUUAUUACUUAAUAUUCUUUUUCUUUUUUCUGUUCAUAUUAUUAUUUUUCAUUCACUUUCAUAUAAGUCGAAAUGCACAUGUUUGCGCUUGUCUGGCCCACGUACUUUUUUCUUAUUGUUUUAUAUUUUUAUGCGCAAAUGGUUACACCUCAGAAACAAUAAUCAUACAGUUACCCAAAUAGUCGUUGGGUCAAUCUUUUAGGAAUUUCCAUGUAUUUAAGUUUAAGUCAGUUUAUUUACCCAAAACACGCCUUGUAUGCUUAAACAACCAACGUGCCUGAACAAGUAUAAGUUUUAAAUUCCAGACCACACUUGUGUAGUAUUAUAACCAUUCAUGCGCCAUGUUAAUGCGCUUGUUGUCUAUUGUACUAGGCGGCCCAAACCUCGUGUGAUUUUCAACGAGAACUGCGAACCGAAUCAGCAUAUUUUUUUCUUAUUUUUACAUUCUUUUUUUGUUGUUGUGGAUUUACAAGUUUUAAAAAGCUGUGGCGUUCUCGUCGCUUUGCACGAAACGUCCGCGUUCAUUUUUGUUCAUAUGGAAUCUACAAACAAAACAGCAUCGAUAUUAUUACUGUACCUGUUUGUAACUCGCACAAUUCACACUUUUAUAUUUGUCAUCAUCAGCACACAAGCACACUAACCGACACAUUAGUCAUGUCAUGGUGAUUUAACAAAGUAAUUAUUUUCGAUAGUUGUCACAUUGUUUAAUUCGUUGUGAUUAUUACUAUCUCUCACUUUAUAUUACGUCAUAAUCAUCUCACUGUGAGCAGUUUCGCGCGAAAUUGAAAUUCAAAUACAAAAGGAAAAAGCGAUGCA